AUGCUCCCUCUCACCCCAGUGGAACUCAACCGUUCUCUACUCUGCUGGGUCCGAAUCACUCAAGCUGAAGCAUUCGCAUUGGAGAUUAAAUGCCUGCAACAAGAUAAGAACAUCCCUCUUUCAAGUAAAAUUGUCACCUUGAAACCGUUCAUGGAUCAAGACUCUGUCCUACGUGUUGGUGGUCGCUUACGCCACUCUCUACUGUCCCCAGAAGAGAAGAACCCCAUCCUCCUCCCACGCCACGGAAGACUCGUUGAACUCCUCCUCCUGCGAGAACAUCUCAACCACUUCCAUGCUGGUCCACAACUCAUGAUGUCCAUAAUUCAUCGCCAAUUCUGGAUUAUCCGUGCGAAGGAUGUAAUUCGCCAAUUUGUUAAGAAAUGUGUCACCUGUGCUCGCCACAAGCCAGUCACCCUUCAACCAAUGAUGGGAGACCUCCCUUCCUUCCGCGUGACCCCAAGUCGUCCGUUCCAGAAAACCGGGGUCGACUAUGCAGGUCCCUUCCUAAUCAAACCAAUCCAACCAAGAAGCACUACAACAAUCAAAGCCUACCUUGCCCUCUUCAUAUGCUGCUGUACCCGUGCAGUUCACUUGGAAAUUGUCAGCUCCCUGUCAACUGACGCAUUCCUGGCAGCACUCUGGCGCUUUGUGUCGCGACGUGGACUUCCCUCCGACAUGUACAGCGAUUGA